GUUCAUGUACAAAAGCUCUCAUCGUCGGUUCGCGACCUGGGUGCCGACGGCGUUGGGCGUUCGCCUUUGGCGCUGUCGAAAAUAUGUGCGUUGAACGACGCACCGACUCGGUGCGUUCAUGUAUCAAGGCCUGACUGGGGGUUCUUCGGCACGAGCUUGCAGUUCCUGGAUGUUCCCUAGCGUUUGAGGCUCAUUUGACUCGAGUGAUUGGCACCCGCGCAUCGGGCAGGGUCCGGCAGUUCUGAUUCACUAUGGCAAAGUGGGUCUACAACUUUGGAGAUGGGAAGGCUGAUGGCCGAGCGGAGAUGAAGAACCUCUUGGGCGGCAAGGGUGCCAAUCUGGCGGAAAUGGCAUCCAUUGGUCUUCCUGUGCCGCCCGGGUUCACUCUCACCACCGAAGUGUGCACUCACUUCUAUCAGAACGACUGCAACUAUCCCAAGGAGCUGACCCAGCAGGUGCCUUGAGCGAGUGGACUUUGCGCAUGUUCAACGGCCAAGAAAGACAUGAUGAGAACAUCAUGAGAACAUGUGAGAACGCACAAGGUACUGUGAAGAUGAACACUGACAAAGAACAGGUGGAGGAGGCGUUGACCUUGGUGCAACAGCGCACGGGCCGCGUGUUCGGCGACUCCAGCAACCCUCUUCUGGUCUCAGUCCGCUCCGGUGCAAGAGCAUCCAUGCCAGGAAUGAUGGACACGGUGCUCAACUUGGGCUUGAACGACCAGACUGUGGAAGCUUUGGCGAAGAAGUCGGGUGACCGGCGCUUUGCCUUCGACAGCUACAGGCGUUUUGUGCAGAUGUACUCUGACGUGGUCCUGGGCAUUGAAAUCAACCAUUUUGAGAAGCACUUGGAUCGGGCAAAGGAAAAGCGCGGCGUGAAGCAGGACUGCGAGCUUCUUGCCGAAGACUUGGAGAAGUUGGUAAAGUCAUACAAGGCCGUGGUGCAGUUGGAGCUUGGUGAGGAGUUCCCAGAAGAUCCAAAAGCACAGCUUUGGGGAGCCAUUGGUGCUGUCUUCAACUCCUGGAUGAAUCAGAGAGCCAAGACCUACAGGCAGCUGCACGACAUCCCUGAGUGGUGGGGCACUGCUGUGAACGUACAGGCCAUGGUCUUUGGCAACAUGGGCAAUGAUUGUGCUACAGGUGUGGCCUUCACUCGUGAUCCAUCCACCGGAACCAACGAAUUCUAUGGCGAAUUCUUGGUCAAUGCUCAAGGUGAGGAUGUGGUGGCUGGAAUCCGCACACCACAAGAGCUUACCAUCAAAGCCCGUAAGUCCCAUGGUUCAGACUUGCCAUCCUUGGAAGAAGUGAUGCCCAACAUCUUCAAGGAGUUGCUGUCUGUGCGAAGCCAGUUGGAGAAUCACUACAAGGAUAUGCAGGAUAUUGAGUUCACAAUUCAGCAGGGCAAGCUUUACAUGUUGCAAACACGUAAUGGAAAGCGCACUGCUCCUGCUGCGCUUCAGAUUGCCGUUGACAUGGCCAAGGAGGGCUUGAUCUCCAAGUCGCAAGCCUUGAUGAGCUUGAAGCCUGACUUGAUUGACCAG